UGUAUGCCACGUCAAUAAAUAAAUACAUAUAACUUUUUUUUAUUUCAAAUAGAUUAUUACUGAUUAAAAAAUUAAUCUCACAAUCUCAAUCACCAACACAAUCACACAAUCCUUAUCUUCUGCAUCAUCCAGAUUCACCAACACCAGCCAACACGUCCACCAUUCUCUGCAUCAUCAUCUCCAAUCCUUUGCAAAGGAAAAGCCCACAAUCACCACCAUCCUCUACAUCAUCACCAACACCAGCCACAAACUCCACCACCCCCUCCAUAAAAAACCAUCUCCAAGUCCUCUUCUUUCAUCUUCCAAAGCCAAAACCCAGAAACACAAGUUGUUUCUGAUGCAGGAAGGUUCGAUCUGGCCGUUUAUCGGUUUAUCGUCCAAAGAAGAGAAGAAGUAUGUUUCGUUGCAGAUCUGGGGUUGCAGAAAUGGGUUUCAUUGCAAAUCUGACCGCUUGAACGUUAACCCAUUUGAAUCCUAUUGGGUUUCUUUGAAGAUUUGGGGCCGUUUAUGCGUUUGAACCAUCCAAGAUCUCAUAGAUAAGGAACCACCUCUGAUCGGAGCCACCCGUUUCACGAUCUGGGUUCUGGGUUUUGGGGGUCGGGGUUGCGGUGAGUGGGGUUGCGGGUUGGGGCUUCUUGGUUCUCUGAUCGGAGCCACCCGUUUCACGAUCCAGAGGAAUGUAUUUUGGUUUUUUCGAUUCAAAUCAAAGCUGUGAACUUUCCUUUUCUUCUGGGUCCAUUGUUUCACAUGGGAUGGUACCAUCUAUUUUACCAAUACAAUCCUGAUUCAGCUGUGUGGGGAAACAUAACAUGGGCUCAUGCUGUAUCCAGGGAUUUGAUCCAAUGGCUCUACCUUCCCAUUGCCUUGUUUCCAGAUAGCUGGUUUGACAUCAAUGGUGUAUGGUCAGGAUCCGCCACCCUUUUGCCAGAUGGCAAAAUCAUGAUGCUCUACACAGGAGACACUAAUCAACACGUGCAGGUGCAAAAUCUCGCGUACCCCGCCAACCUAUCUGAUCCCCUCCUCCUUGAUUGGGUCAAACAUGCGGGUAACCCAAUUUUAGCACCUCCACUGGGCAUUGGUUCAAAGGAUUUUCGUGACCCAACAACUGCAUGGAUCGGGCCAGAUGAGAAAUGGAGGGUCAUUGUUGGGUCAAAGGUCAACAGAACAGGCCUUUCAUUGGUUUAUAAAACCAAAGAUUUCACCCAUUUUGAGCUCAAUGACCACUAUUUGCAUCAAGUUCCGGGUACAGGUAUGUGGGAGUGUGUGGACUUUUACCCAGUUUCGAUAAACAAGCUGAAUGGUUUGGACACAUCGGUGAAUGGUCCAGGAGUGAAGCAUGUGUUAAAGGCUAGUUUGGAUGACACUAAGGAGGAUUAUUUUUCACUUGGAACUUAUUUCAUUGAAAAUGAUACAUGGGUGCCCGAUACCCCGAAUGCGGAUGUGGGUAUCGGGUUGAAGUUGGAUUAUGGGAGAUACUAUGCUUCAAAGACAUUUUAUGACCAACACAAACAGAGAAGGAUCCUUUGGGGAUGGAUUAAUGAAUCAGAUAGUGAAACCGCUGACUUAAAAAAGGGUUGGGCGUCUCUUCAGACAAUUCCAAGAACAGUGGUGUUUGACCAGAAGACUGGAACUAAUUUGCUUCAGUGGCCAGUGGAAGAAGUUGAGAGUUUAAGACUAAGCAAUGCUAUAUUUGAAGGAAUUGUUGUUAAACCUGGCUCAGUUGUGCCAUUGGACAUAGGCCCAGCAACACAGUUGGACAUAUUUGCUGAAUUUGAAAUCGAAUUGCUGGCAUCCGAAGGGGUUGAAAAGGAUGUAGGAUGCGGAGGAGGAGCUCAUGAGAGAAGUGCAUUGGGACCAUUUGGCAUUCUGGCUAUUGCAGAUGACCAACUUUCUGAACUCACACCAAUUUAUUUCCGCCUUUCUAGCACUGCCAUUGGAACUUCAACCACUUUCUUCUGUGUUGAUGAGACUAGGUCAUCAAAAGCUCCUGAUGUAUCAAAGCUUGUUCAUGGAAGCAAAGUUCCAGUCCUCAGUGAUGAAAGAUUAUCAAUGAGGAUAUUGGUGGACCAUUCAAUCAUUGAGAGCUUUGGGCAAGGAGGGAGAACUGUUAUCUCAUCUAGAGUUUAUCCAACAGAGGCAAUAUAUGGAGCUGCAAGAUUAUUUCUCUUCAACAAUGCAACAGGCAUAAACAUCAAGGUCUCGCUCACAGUUUGGCAAUUGAACUCUGCUUUUAUACGCCCCUUUCCCUUUGAUCAGAGUCAAUGAAAGCUGAUGUAUAAAAAAAAAGCGAAAAUCUUGUCGCAACAAUCAUGCAUAAAGCUGAUGUAUGUUUUGGCUUGAUGUAAAUAUUUGAACAUUUGAAAUUAUUUCAUAUCUUUGAAGCAAAAUUCUCUAUCAA